UACAGUAGUUAUAUAAUGACCUCAUAGCAUACGCAUCGAUCAGCACAAGGAACAUCGCCGGUUCCAAGCAGCAGCGAGCUUCCCUGUUUGGUCCUCGAUCGCCUGCCAACGUCAGCGGCAUGGCGCUACUGAAGCGCAGCUUCACCGCAGCGCUGCUCGACGAGGGCGACGACCCGUCGUACCCGUUGAAGAUGCCGGGCAGCCUCGCGCGCACCACCGCGCCGGUGGCCAAGAUGAUGCGGCUGUGGAACUACAAGCAAGGCUCGGGCCUCGGUGCCCACGGCCAAGGCAUCAUCGCCCCUAUAAAGGCUAUCCAGCAUUGCUCAACCGCCGGCAUCGGCCACUCCGAAAAGACGUACAAGAACGGCCUGCAUGGCGCGCCGGCGCCGUCGCCGCCAGCCCACGACGAGUGGCACGAGUCGGCGGCCGUCUCACGGGCCCUGCGCCUCGAGCGGGAGUGCUACGAGAAGACCCUCGCGCUGCUGCGCGACGCGAAGCUUCAAGGCGACGACAGCGCGGAGACGGCGGAGGCGCUGGCCGCUAUCGUCGAGUCCGAGGAGGUGCUCCGGGGGAAGAAGCGCGCGCAGGGCGCGUGGAGGGCCGCGCUGCCUCCUUCCGCCGUGCGGCACAUCGUGAAGCAGGUGCUCACGCCGAGGAUCGCCAUGAAGGCGCGAGAGUGGGAGCCGUUGUGGAGCCCGGGCUGCGGCCACUGGCUACGCCCGUGGAUCCCCUUGAUCGGACACUUGCCGGAGAGCCUCUACGCCACCGUGGAGAGCAAGAUCAGCGGCGGCUGCUACGACGUCAUCUCCCCAUGGAAAGACUACUUGGCCCCGACGCAGUGGGAGAUCUUCUCCCGGCGUCACGUCCUGCCCAGGCUCACGCGGUGGCUGCAACAGCUGAAGAUCACACCACCAAAGCAGCGCGACACUAAGUUCCGCGAGGUGAUGUCGUGGAUGCCUCUGGUGCGCACCGAAGACGUGGUGUCGAUCCUAGAGCAGGAGUUUUUCGGCAAAUGGGAGAGCGCGCUGCGUCACUGGCUGCAGUCCGCGAGGCCACCGUCGGGGGAGGCCACGGCGUGGUGCGCCGGCUGGAAGAACCUCUUCACCCCGGAGCUGCUCCACGACGAACGCGUGCUGGCAUGGCUGGAGUCUGGCGUUGCCAUGGUGGAUCGAGAAACGGAAGACCUCAACCGCCUUGUUUGUCAUAGUUGAUACUAGUCUGCUAGUGUACAAGGCUACACCAGCUUGUGAGGUUGUAGUCAAGCAAUGUAAUGGUUGUAGUCAGUUAUGAUCAGCAAGACAGCAAUAUAAUGGUUGCAGUCACUUAUGAUUACCAAUGUAAUGGUUGUAGUCACUUAUGCCAUAUUUGACACUCAAAAGCAAUGCACUAUUGCA